AUGAUAAAUAAGAAAAGAAACAACCAUAUAAAUUUUAGAGAGAGUUUGUUACUGCCUAGAAUAAUUGAAUCAAUAAAAAAUAAUAAAGUAACGAUAACACUUAAAAAUGGAGUAAAAAUUGUGGGAUUCGUGGAAUCUUACGGCAAAAAUGUGAAGACCCUGAAAGUCCACAACGCUUUGGAAGAACUAAAUUUAUUCUCAAAAUCCACAAAAUUAAAUGACAAAUUACAAGAAAUCACUAACUUCUACUACAAAAAGUACAAUUUAGAAAAUUGUGUAAACAGGAAUAUAAAGUUUUUCCCUGAUUUCAAGUCGUUCAUUAUUUUAACAAAUUGUCUAAUCAUUUAUAAUAAUAAGAACAUUAAAUUAUUAAAAGUUUCCGUCAGUGAAUCUAAUAUCGCAAUUCUUACUCCCAUAAUUCAACAAACUCAACACGAUAAAACUGUUCGAAAUUACGACAAACUAGUUGAUAUUAAGAAUCUUAUAUUGGACAAUCAUAUGAAAGAAGUUAAAAGGGAGGCGUACGUAAGGUGUGAUCGUUUAAGCAAAUAUGCGAAAUAACACUUUAAUUUACUAGUAUAUA